CCGGUAGCAGUCGAUUCAACUUACAUAGUUACAGCGCUCACAGAACCAAACUAUGCAGCUUACGUUGGGUCGCUCGGGGCGCUGCCGUCGCUCGGGGCGCUGCCGUCUGCUCUCCUUGGGCAAAUGUGCUGCUUAUGUUUGCUUUUGUAAAAAAACCUUGGCCAUCCCGUGCUCGCUAGCCUGUGCCAUGUUCUCCUUGGGCGCGCAGACCGCAUGCGCGCCAGGCGCCAGGCGCCAGACUCAGACUGAGACGCGCUCGGCCAUCUAAUCCGAUUGGAGGAGCCCAACGGGAACAACACCUGCUGCUGACAUGUUGCUUGUCGCGAUUGGGGAAGGGGACCUCUUGGUGAGCAACCGGGUGCCCAGUGUGCCCUAGGCACGUGGCAUCCGUGCCUUCCCCUCGCGGCUAUUGGAGGUGCUGCGAGGUACCAGCUGGUACCAGCUGUGCAGCGCGCGUGGCUUGUUUUUAUGCAGGGUCGCCAGGUUGAACUACCAAGGGGCCCCGGCCUGCACAUCAUAACCAUUGUCAGUCAGAGUAUGUUCUCAGUUUCUACCCAGCUACUCGCUGAGGGCGCUGAGGGCUACAUAGACACGUGCAUGCGGGAUAGCGCACCUCCUGCUCAAGGUGUUUGUCCUGUACAACAGCACGCAGCACUCAGCAGACCAAGGAGACACCUCCAGGGCUUGCAUCUUCCGGGGUUAGGCCACCUGGGCCACCGCCGCUGGCGAGAAGAGUUGCCACGUUCUCACCCACGGCACCCAGGGCCAAAACAAUGCUACUAUUUAGCGUUGUGGGGGGGGGGCUCCGCCCUCUGAUGAGGCAUUCGCAGGUGUGGACUUCAUGCUGUCGCUGCACAAGGGGCAGCAUGCUAAGAACACGCGCGUGGUGAGUGGGUUCAAGCCUGGUGACGGCGUACGAUUGUUGGAGGGCACGGGGCUGUUUGACAAGGAGCUAGAAGGCCACCUACUCACAUGACAUUUUUACACCGUGACUCGGCAGAAGGGCUAUAGGUUCGCCGUGAAGGGCAAGCGACGCCUGCAUAGCCCGUCGGAAAUGCUGUUGGUUCGUGAAGUGACCAGGGUCGCAAGCGGGGUGGCAAGCGCCAGGCAGAGGCAGCGCCAGGUGCGGCGUGCUUCGAGGACAGCAACUUUGUAAAGGGCAAGCUGCAAUUUUUGAGCGGCGCCGCCCCCGCCGUGCCAGUUUCAGUGCAGCCCCCAGCUCUGAUGCAGCUCGCUCGUAGGUAGGAAGACUGACGCGCCGCACCGGUGCACGCAGUGCACCGCACGCGGCCAUGUCCUCACCUGGCUGGAUCACAUCCCAUCACAUCCCACACGCCACUUCCCAGCGCGGCGGGGACGGCUGGCGCCGCCCCGCCGCGCCAGUUACAGUGCAGUCCGUGUGAAUCCCGUGUGCAGCCCAGAUGCAGCUCAUGGAAAGGCGCCAGCCCCAUGCAUCCCAUCUGAGUUUACACGCAGCUCACACGCAGCUUCCCAGUUCCUGGUUGCUAUAUGCAGCCAGGAACGAGCAAGGAGUGAUCGAUGGGAACGCAGUAAUGGCGCGCAUCAAAUCGCAAGUUAUAGCAGACUUCUGGUCUAGGUUACAAUCGUAUGUGUGUCUUGGUGCCAAACCGAGGGGGUGGGACCGAGUCUCGCCAGGCCACCCUUGGAUUGAGCGAAGAGCAGAUGGAAGUAUGAAGCUGAACAGACCACGAAGUGUCAUAAUGGAUGAGGAGGUGGAGUGAUGGCACCUAGUAACAUGUUCGGUAUGGCGGGAGGAGCGUCCUAUGGGAGCAAGCCUACUAGAGCUAGAGUAGGCCGACGGCGCUGCAGGCGGCACGCCCCUGGGGUCCAGAGCAGGGUGUUCGUUCUCCACGUCACUGGCUCGUGAACUGCGUCAGCAGGUCCCUCUUGUAACCAAUGCAAUCU